AUGAAGAGAGAAACUUAUCUAACUUGUCUUGAUCCUGCCAUUAAAAUCUUGCAACCUCAUCCUUUGGUCUUCGACUCCAAUAUCAAAGAGUUAAAAUUCUGGAAAAUGUUCUGUUGGGGGUUGGCUUAUUGGGAAGAAUCUGAAUAUGAUAGACACUUGCACAAUGCCAUCAUUAUGAUGGUGUCAGAGUUAAGCAAAAUAAAUCAAGUGGUUGAAGCAAAUUUUGAAGGUGAAGAUUGCAAGUGUGGAAAUGAUCACACCUAUAAAUGUAUUUACAAACGUCUCGGGAAACUGAACCCUGCUGUGAUGGAAAGGAUUCAGCAGUUAAAGCCACAAGCCAAAGAAAUUUGUGUUGGCUUAUUGGGUGGGGCUGUCAAAUGGAACUCUUUCAAGAAAUGCAAUGAGGAUUUUUUACAAAGAGACGUUCCCUCUUUCAUUGAUCUUAUUUUGCACAAUUUCAAAUAUCUACUGUCCACUAGUACUGAUAUGACAGCUCCGAUGAAUCAACAAAUUGCCUUCAUGCAACAAAAACUCAAGGAAUGUCGAAGGUUGGCAAACUGUACUCAUCAUGCAAUAGCGAGACUCAAGAAAUUUAGUGAAGUCAUGUGCCACACCCAAACUUGGGUUAAGCGCAUCUCAUGUCUUGCAUUCUUUUAUUGGAUUGGCGGGCAGGAUGAGCACCUAGCACCUAGCAUGGAGUGUAUGGUUUCUGAUACGGAACCCAUGGGAAUUCCUCACACUCCCGGGAUUGUAGCAUCAUACCUUGAAGAUACAACAAUUCCUCAACUCCUUGGAUGUUACAUUGACUUUCUCCUUGAAGGGUUGGUUAUGCAUGUGAAGGAUGUUGAAAUCCUUUACGAAGGAUUGAUAUUCUUGGCAUCAUUUAUUGUGGAUCCACCCGAGGAGGAUUCAGAGGAUAAAGAAUUAAUCUUGACUCUAAUUUGUUCUAUAAUUGAUGAUCUUCAGAGGUUUGUUUGCUCAAUUCAUUUGGAUAACAUGGAAGGCAUUUCUGCAGUUGACUGUUCUGAUUUCUUGCCAAAGAUCACUGAGGUAAAGAAUCAAGUGAGGGAGCUAUAUGCUAUAACUCCGCUUCCAUCACAAUCAGACUCUCCCAAGACCAAUGUAAUAGGAUUUCUUGAUUCUCUUUUGACAGCAUUGAAGAAAAUGUACGAAGCAAAGGUACAUUUGAUUCCUUCCAUAAAGCAUCAAGUUGAAAUAGUUCGGAAAGAACUAGAGUUGCUCAGGCCACUUGUCGGAAGUAACAUAUGGGUGCAAAAUGAGCACGAGGAAUUUGAAAAUCUUUGGAAUAAAACAAUUGAUGCGGUGUAUUUUGUAGCAUAUGUCACCAAGUUUUGUUCUGCCAAGAGUUUCUCUCUGUGGUUUGGUAUUGUAACCCUUCCACAAGCUGCAAAAGACAUAAGAAUCACCAGAGCUGAGUUCCAGAAGAUUGAAGGUCAUGAGUUAUACAAAGAUAGGAGAGUCUUUGCUGAGAUGGAGUCUAGUUUUGCUGUCCCCGCACGAGCUACAACUUCAAAAAUGGAAGAGAUUUUUGUUGGCUUCAAGGAGGAUGCAAGAACCAUACUUGACUACCUUACACAAGGGCGUGAUACUCUCACGAUCAUCUCCAUCUCAGGAUUGCCUGGUCAAGGAAAGACAACCUUAACCAAGAGAAUCUAUAAUGAUAUUAAAAUUCAAUAUCACUUCAAGAAAUUGGUGUGGUGCUACGUCUCUAAAGACUGUGGAGCUCUGGAGUUAUUGAUCAAAAUCGGAUAUGAUAUGUUUGGCCCGGACUCUGAUAUCAGUAUGCUUGAAUUCAGUGAAUUAGCAGAUCGCUUGAGGAAAACUUUAAAGAAGCAAAGAUAUCUUAUUGUGAUGGACGACAUAUGGGACGUGGCUAUCUGGAAACAAGUGAAACUAUCAUUCCCUAAUGAUAACAAUGGAAGCCGAAUCAUAUUCACGAGUCGCAAUCAUGAUCUAGCCUCACAAACAGGAUUCACUUUCAAUUCACAUCCUCUUCGAUUGUUCUCUGAGGAGGAAAGUUGGGAGUUGAUGAACAAGAAGUUGUUUUCUGGUUGUAGUCCUGCUCCGACAGAGUUUUCAAAGGUUGCACAAGAAAUCGCUAGUUAUUGCAAAGGCUUGCCUCUAGCGGUUGUUCUAAUUGCCUCUCUUCUGCAAAGGGAAGAGCGAAAGUUAGAUUGGUGGACGAAAGUAGCAGAAAACUUGAAAUUACACCUCGUUAAUGAAGGGUGCAGAGACAUCAUUGAGCUAAGCUACGAGUACUUACCCGAUCAUUUGAAAUUGUGCUAUCUUUAUUUUGGUGCAUUUCCUAGAGGGGAAGAAGUUUCUGCAAAUAAGUUAAAGCGACUCUGGAUUGCCGAGGGAUUUGUCAAUGAUAACGGGGUGCAACAUGCAAAAGAUUUGGCGAAAGAGUAUUUGGAUAAUCUUGUUUCUCAAAGUUUAGUCGUGGUGACUAAAAGAAGUUCCAUGAGUGGAAUAAAGACCUGCAAUAUUCAUGAUUUGUUAUAUGACCUGUGCAUGGAGAAAGGUGUGACAGAGAAUUUCUUAAAUUGGUUAGAUAGUAGUAACCUCACCAACCAAAUAAUGUCCAGUGCUAAAUACUGCCACCAUCGGCUUUGCAUUGGCAGAAUUGACCCUUUCAUCAAGCCAAACCCUAUUAUCAGCAGAAAGGAAUUACAAACCAGCAAGGUUCACUCUCUUUUAUGGUUCUCCGAGUCAGGUUAUAAGGUACACAGUCCUGGCUUUCUUAAGAGAUUCAAAGUUCUUACUGUAUUGGAUUUGUGUGGAGUGUAUUUGAAAUGUGAUGGUUUCCCUGAAUCAGUAUUAUCCAUGAUUCAUCUUAGAUACUUGGCCUUAGACUUAUUUGAUCAGCUGGACGGCAUCCAACCGUCGAUAGCUAACUUGUGGAACCUUGAAACUCUCAUCAUAGCUCUAAGAGAUAUAAUAAGAGAUCCAUUACCAGUUUCCUUGUGGAAGAUGAAAAGUUUAAGACAUGUUGAGAUAUCUGGUGGUGCUCGUCUCGAUUUAGAAGAUUUGGAUGGAGAUGAUUCCAUCGCAACACAUAAUCUUGAGACACUUGGUUCACUACAUCUUGCUUUUGAUCAUAAAACAAUGGAGUUUUUCAGUAAGUUAACAAGCCUGAGAAAGAUGGACUGCUGCUUAGAAGAAGAAAACAACCAUCCCAUGUGGUUUUCCAUGCUUGGAUCUCUAACAAAACUGGAGUCCCUGAAAAUGAAAGGAUGGUGGAACCUUCAACUAGACGAAAUGGCAACAACAUUCAACUUUCCUAGGAUUGAGAGUCUAAAGAAGUUGACGCUGUCCCAACUUCGCCUGCCAUCGAGUUCCAUCUCAGCCAUCGGGAAGCAGUUGCCUAAUCUCGAGGUUCUGAAACUAGAUCGCGACUCAUUUUUGGGCCCUGUGUGGAAUGUGGAAGAUGAGAGUUUCUCAAAACUCAAGUACCUGAAACUACAAGGUUUACACAUUGAAGAGAUAGAUGUAUCUGAUUGUGAAGAUCCAUUUCCUUCGCUUGAGGAGCUUGUUGUCCAGGAAUGUUACUCUCUCAUGGAGAUUCCUUCUAGCUUUGGCGGGCUUUAUGUAUUGAAGACCAUCACGAUCAAGGGAUGCCCUUAUAGAGUCAAUGAAUCAGCAAUGCAAAUUUUGGAACAACAACAGGACGACGGAAACUGCGAUUUCCAAGUGUUUGUCAUCAAUGGUAAUGAUGAAGACAAUUUUGAUGACGAAGAUCAUGAAGAUGGUCAUGAAGAAGAAAUGGACCAAGAUGAUGAUCAAGAAGAGGCGGGAGAAACAGAUGACGAGGAAGAUACAAAGGUUGAGAACGGACUCAGGAAGAGGAAGUGGCCAUGGAAAAAUUAA